AUGAAUUUGGCUAAAUGUAUGGUCGUGUCUCUAGACUUGGCCAAGGAGGCCUUGAAAACAGGUGAAGUGCCUGUUGGUUGCGUUUUUGUCAACAAAAACGAUGAUAUAAUAGCCUCUGGUCGUAAUACAGUUAACGAAACAAAAAACGCUACUAGACACGCUGAAAUUAAUUGUGUGGAUAAAAUUGUAAAUGACGGUUUAUUAGGUGAAUUACCUAACGUAACCGUUGUUGUGACCGUCGAACCUUGUAUUAUGUGUGCUGCAAUGCUGGUGAAAAUUGGAUGCACUAAAAUUGUGUACGGUUGUGCCAACGAUCGUUUUGGUGGAUGUGGCACCGUUCUUGCCGUUCCCGGACUGGAAAAGUGUAAUAUUGUAAGGGACUUGUAUGCAGAGCGUGCGAUGGAUUUGUUGAAACAAUUUUAUAAAGGUCAAAAUCCAAACGCGCCAGAAAAUAAAGUAAAAAAGAAAACUAUAAAAAUGUAAGCCUUUAUUUUUUGAAACUAUAUUUAAAUUAUUAAUUAGUUAAGUUCAUUUUAAGGUGACUUAUUUCUACAGUAAAAAAGUUUGACUCAAUGUUUUGGCUUGAUGUAAAAGUUACCGUCUUGGUUUUAUUUAACAUGAUAAAUCCAUUUUCAUUAAAAUAGCCAUCUGUCCGAGUGACAUUUAGCCAAACAAACAGACCUAUUCCCGUCGAUUGUAAUUCCACAUCAAUUUCGUUAAUAUUUUUUUGUUUUAUAUUAGAUAUCUGUAAAAAUAUAUAUAUUUAUAUUGGUAAACUUUAUACCUUUAACCUUUGUAUAAAAUUUGAUAUAAUUAAUUCUUAUGUUUUGUAUUAUUUUAAGUUUUUUGCUAUCAAAAUUAAGAUAUAUAUAUAUGUUUCAUACCAAUAUUGUUGGAUCCUGAUACCCAGCAAUUUUGUUGAAUGAAUUUGGAAACAAGUAAUUUGAUGGAGACAGCUCUGUACCAUUGGUAUAAUAUAGCUUUGUAUGUAAAAAACAAUUUUGUUUUAUUUCGUCUAAUAAACGGCCACAUUUAUUAGUUUUUGUUUGUAA